UACCACGUCAAUUAUAGCACAAAUUCGACAUAUCGCAUUGUAGGAUUAUAGCACCAAUCUUUAUGUAUGUGUAGUGUAAAACAUUGACCAAACUAGCUGGUCCCACUCAGACAGUUUGGAUUUACCCGGUUCGGGUCGGGACAAAACUAGCUGGUCCCACUCAGACACUCCCAAGAGGUAUUGUCUCUCUUACAUGACAAAUUUGAACUUAUAAUACCUGAAUGGGAACAUCACAUACAACAUUUUAAGUAAUUUUAUUUGUCAAAACAAUGUUAAGUGCAUUUUGGAAUUUCACCGGAAAAGUGAUAAGCUAAUAAAGAGUAUAUAAAGGAGUAUCAUGUAACUCCUCCUGGCUCCUCCUCAACUUUUCUUUCAUCUUUUACUCUAGUUUCUGGUUUCAAUGUUUGUACCAACCUGUGUCUCCGGAUGGUUUCCAUCAGCUCACCGGCUUAUGGCUCCAGAAAGGUCUGAUCACCUUUGCUGGCUUUGUGUACUCUCUUGUUCAAGUUAAUAUAAAUCUACCAGAUGACAAAAAAAAACUUAUUAAUUUCUUUAUACUAUUAGAUUUCCGUGGAGAAAUUUAAGACGGACAGAAAGUAAUAUUUCUACCUAGCGGCGGAAAAGUGAGUAACGCAUAAGAACAUGUCCUUGGGAGAGGAACAAUAGCUGGUUGCUCUCCACUUAAUUGUUACAAAAUCCUAAAUUUGGAUCAAUAAUAAUAUUGAAAUGGUUACAUUUGGCAAACUCUUUAUGAUAUCAAUAUAUUUGAUUUGUCGAAAAACCGACGUCGUUUUUCAGGCACCGUUUUCAUCAAACCAUAAACUGCUAGGCGUUUUUUGCCUUCAACGUGUCCAUUUCCCAUUUCUCAUAAAGAAACCCUAAACUCAUACUGGUCACACGAAAGAAUCCUAUCUUUUACCCUUAUCCCUCAUCCCUCAUAUAUAUAUGUUACACAAAUCAUCUGCUACAGAUAAGAAAGCAUGACCGUGAAGGCGGCCGAUGAGGUUUGAUCUUCAGUGCUAAUCAAGACUCCAUUCAGACUAGUUGUGUGACGGAAAAAAAAUGGUGGGUCGAAAGAGAAAAACAAAAACAUGUGACAAAGGGUCGAAAAGAAGCUGGAUAUGCCAACUACCUGAUGUCUUGAUAAGUGGCAUACUUGCUCGUGUUCCUACAAAGAUUGCUGUAAGAACAGGCGUUUUGUCCAAAACAUGGAUUAAUCACUGGAAGAAUGUUCGUGGAUUGGACUUAGAGUCCUUUGAAUUCUCUGAUAUGGAUACCUUUGUGAGUUUUGUUCGAAGUUUUUUUGAUUCACACAGGGAAUCAACGAUAGACAAAAUAAGGUUAAGUGUUCACUAUUCUGAUUGUCACUCCCUUCUCACCCAAUGGACUGAUAUUGCGAUUAGGCGUAGGAUUCAGCAUCUCGAUGUUUGUUAUUAUGGCACUUGUUGCGAUGUUACGAUGCCCGUCAGUCUAUAUACAUGCAAGACGCUGGUGCACUUACGCCUUUGUUGGGUUGUCUUGGCUAACCUGGAGGUUGUUUCCUUGCCAUGCCUAAAGACCAUGCAUUUAGAAUGCAUUAGAGAUCUCACUGAGCCAACUGUGGAGAAACUUAUCUCAGGCUCUCCAGUUCUGGAAGAUUUAAUCAUUAUCAGACGAACUAGUGGUGAAAGGUUUAUACAAGUGCGCUCUAAUACGCUAAAGAGAAUCCACAUAGAUACCUAUACAGAAGUUGAGAUUGAUGCUCCUCUACUCGAGUGUUUGAGGACUACGGUUUAUUUAGAAAAGAACUUCAUGAUCAUCAAUUUGGGUUGCUCUACCACACUAGAUAUUGAUAUGGUCUUUCCUGAUGUGACUUGCACCAAACUUUUAAUUUGUGAUACUCUCACCGAUAUUCCGAGGUUCAGAGGCCUUGUUACAAGUAGUUACAUUUUGAAGAACAUCUUUCUACACUCCGAACCAGGACCAUUGCUUCAGUUCCGUGACCUAUCCCGUUUGCAUGUUAAGUUCUCUAAAUCCGAUCUUGAAAUGUUGCCAGCCAUUCUUGAAAGCUGCCCAAAACUACAAUCUCUCAUAUUGGAGUUGAUCAAGGACCCGAGUUAUAAGAAGAACAGAGAACCAAAGCUGAUGUUUUCAACAGUGCCUCCGUGUUUGGUAUCAUCUCUCAAGGUCGUGGAACUGAAACGUUUGAUCCCAAGGUAUGAAGGAGAAGUAGAGCUAGUAAGAUACUUCCUCAAGAACUCACCAAUCCUGGAGAAACUAAGGCUUGAUACUUACUAUACCAAAAAGGGCAUGCGUGAUUUCCUUAAAGAAGUCGUUGCAUUGCCCAGAUGUUCCAGCGCUUGUGAAGUCAUUGUUCUCUAAAAAAGACAUUUUCAUUUGAGGUAAAUUUGGAUGUUAAAAAAUGGUUGGUUUGAGGAACAUUUCUCAUGUAUUAAUGACCGAUUAGCAACUUUAUUUUGAAUUUUAUAAACAUUUCAGCA